AUGUGUUUAAAUAAAACAUACACUCCUCAUUGGAUGUCCACAGCAGCUAUGUGUGAAUAUGCCACUCAUGCAAGUAUGCUUCUACCUCACGCAUGUCUUGUGUGUGUGCGUGUGUGUGUGUGUGUGUGCGUGUGUGUGUGUGUGUGUGUGUGUGUGUGUGUAAUCCUGUGACUCAUCCUCAUAAUCACUUAUAACCACCAGAGGAGGAGGAGAUAAAAGAGAAGAAGAAAAAGAAGAAGAGGUCCACCUGAGGAAACUUCACAAGGCCCCGGGGCCCGCCAGUGUGUGAUGCCCACAGAGGACCUGCUGGCACAGAUGCAGCCCUCGGUGUCCCCCGGCAUCCAGCGGAGGCACACACUUCCUGCCAGCGAGGUGCGCCCGCUCAACACCCAAGAUGCCAUCAGCGUCUUUGAGAUCGAGCGAGAAGCCUUCAUCUCAGUGUCGGGCGAGUGUCCCCUCCACCUGGACGAGGUGCGUCACUUCCUCACGCUGUGUCCGGAACUCUCCAUGGGCUGGUUCGAGGAGGGCCGGCUGGUGGCCUUCAUCAUCGGCUCGCUGUGGGACCGCGAGCGCCUCGCCGCCGAGGCCCUGACCCUCCACAAGCCCCGCGGCUCCACCGUGCACAUCCACGUGCUGGCGGUGCACCGCACCUUCCGGCAGCAGGGCAAGGGUCCCAUCCUGAUGUGGCGCUACCUGCAGUACCUGCGCUGCCUGCCCAGCGUGCGGCGCGCCGUGCUCAUGUGCGAGGACUUCCUGGUGCCCUUCUACCGCAAGUCGGGCUUCAAGGCGCUGGGUCGCUGCGCCAUCACCGUGGGCAGCCUGAGCUUCACGGAGAUGUGCUACCCCGUCAGCGGCCACGCCUACAUGAGGCGCAACAGCGAGGCCAUCCGCUUCCCCGCCGCGCCGCUGACCGUGCCGCCGCCCGACGCCCAAGACCCCGUGGACGUAUGAUCCGGGAAGUACUCCACCUUUUGUUAUAGCCUUCUUCCAAAAGCUAACAUUCAUUUUUGUCCUCAAAAUUCUAAACACAAUACCCUAUAUGGCAAUGUGAAAAAUGUAAGAAAAUGUUAAAUAAGUGCCCGCUCGCUGGCCACUUCAUUAGGUACCUUUGCCCAGUCAUAGUGGAAUUAGAUGGGAGGUGUCCCAAAUGUAACGAGGAAAGGUUGGAUUGUUGCUAAUAUUGUAAUUAAUUCAUUAUUCAUCUGACGGAAAAUGUGAAGUCAGAACAAGUCAAAGUCCAAAAUGUAAACAGUUUGUCCAAGUAGUGUUGAUGAAAGUCACUUUUAUGGUUAAAAAACAAAAUGGCAGCAAUUUUACUGUAAAAAUAACAGUGGUGCCGUUUUUCUAUUUACAGUAAUGCACUGUAAAAACUACGAUUUUAUGGUAAAACAUUUCAAAACUGCACCUCAUUUUAUGAUAAAAUUCUGGCGAUUAUUCUGUUUUAUUCUAUUCUAUUAUAUUCUAUUCUAAAAAUAAAAAUGGUACUAUUUUUAAUUUACAGUAAUGCACUGUAAAAAAAAAAAAGAAAGGAUUUUACAGUAAAAACCUGUCAGCUCAGUCAGCAGAAUUUUAUCAUAAGAAUAAAAGUAUUUUUAAAUUUACAGUAAUGCACUACAAACAACAAUGUACAUUUUAUGGUUAAAAAUAAAAUAAAAGUAGUGCCGUUUUUUUUAAUUUACAGUAAUGCACUGUAAAAACAACGAUUUUAUGGUAAAAAUGUUCAAAACUGCACCUCAUUUUAUGAUAAAAUUCUGGCGAUUAUUCUGUUUUAUUCUAUUCUAUUUUAUUCUAUUCUAAAAAUAAAAAUGGUACUAUUUUUAAUUUACAGUAAUGCACUGUAAAAAAAAAAAAAAAAGGAUUUUACAGUAAAAACCUGUCAGCUCAGUCAGCAGAAUUUUAUCAUAAGAAUAAAAGUAUUUUUAAAUUUACAGUAAUGCACAACAGUAAUGCACUACAAAAAAAACAAAAAAAACAAUAGAUUUUAUGGUUAAAAAAAACAAAAAAACUGGCAGCUCAGUCGCCCGAAUUUUACCAGAAAAAUAAAAGUGGUGCCGUUUUAUUUAAUUUAUAGUAAUGCACUGUAGAAAAAAAAAAGAAACAAAGUACAUUCUACGGUAAAAACCUGGCAAAAAUAAAAAUGGUACUAUUUUUGAUUUACAGUAAUGCACUGUAAAAAAAAUAAAAAAAUAAAAAUAGAUAUACAGUAAAAACCUGGCAGCUCAGUCGCCAGAAUUUUAUCAUAAGCAAUAAUGCACUACAAACAACAAUGUAGAUUUUAUGUUAAAAAAAAAAUAGCAGCUCAGUCGCCCGAAUUUUACCAGAAAAAUAAAAGUGGUGCUGUUUUUUUUAUUUACAGUAAUGCACUGUAAAAAAAUUUAAAAAAAGAGAAAAAAAGUAGAUUUUAUGGUAAAAACCUGGCAGCUCAGUCACCAGAAUUUUAUCAUAAUAAUAAAAGUGGUACUAUUUUUGAAUUUACAGAAAUGCACUGUAAAAAAAAAAAAAAAAAAAAGUCGAUUUUACGCUAAAAACCUGGAAACUCAGUUGCCAGAAUUUUAUCAUUAGAAUAAAACUAUUUUUAAAUUUACAGUAAUGCACUACAAACAACAAUGUAGAUUUUAUGGUUAAAAAAAAAACCAAAAACUGGCAGCUCAGUCGCCCGAAUUUUACCAGAAAAAUAAAAGUGGUGCUGUUUUUUAUUUACAGUAAUGCACUGUAAAAACAACGAUUUUAUGGUAAAAAAUUUAAAAACUGCACCUCAUUUUAUGAUAAAAUUCUGGCGAUUAUUCUGUUUUAUUCUAUUCUAUUCUAUUCUAUUCUAUUCUA